AUGGAGGCUCCUCCUCAAAUGCCUUCAAUCUCCGUGGUGGCAUCCUCGCGCGCCGUUAUCUCCGGCCGUUUGACAUCAGCCACCAUUGUUAUCUCUCGUACCACUGGCAAGAUCACUGCAGUCUUUGACUCGGUCAUUCCUGCGUCUGACUUCCCCGCGGGGACUCCAUAUACGGACUAUUCCCCUCAUGUCCUCUUGCCUGGUUUGGUCGAUGCACAUGUCCACCUCAAUGAGCCUGGCCGGUCCGAGUGGGAGGGUUUCUACACUGGAACACAGGCCGCCGCCUUUGGUGGCGUCACCACAGUGAUUGAUAUGCCAUUGAAUGCCAUUCCUCCAACAACAACCGUUGCCGGCCUAAAGGAAAAGAUUCAGGCCGCCGAGGGCAAGUGCUGGGUGGAUGUUGGUUUCUAUGGCGGUAUCGUCCCCGGCAAUGCUGGCGAGCUCAAGGCUCUGGUCCAGCAGGGUGUGCGCGGUUUCAAGGGUUUCCUUAUCGAUAGUGGUGUGGAAGAGUUCCCCGCUGUUUCAUCCGAGGACAUCAAGUUGGCUAUGAAGGAGUUGGCCGAUGAACCCACAACCCUCAUGUUCCACGCAGAGAUGUUACCCCCCAUCGCGGCCUCUGUUGGAGACGCUGUCAGUACCUCUGACCCCCCUGCGGCCCCAGCAGGUCCUGUGGAAGCUUACUCCACUUUCCUUGCCUCCCGUCCCUCAGUCUUCGAGACUUGCGCCGUGCAGGAGAUCCUGUCACUGGCUCACUUGGCCCCCAAUCUCCCACUGCACAUUGUCCACCUAUCAGCCAUGGAGGUGAUUCCUCUCCUGCGCAAAGCCCGCGCCGAUGGUGUCAAAAUCACAGCUGAAACGUGCUUCCACUAUCUGUCACUAGCCGCUGAGGAGAUUCGCGAUGGUGACACACGACAUAAGUGCUGCCCUCCCAUCCGCUCCAAAUUGAACCAAGACGGCCUCUGGGCCGAACUUGAACGUCAUGCCGAGGACGGAGUCAUCAAGACUGUAGUGUCGGACCACUCUCCCUGCACGCCGGACCUGAAACUCUUGCCAUCCCAUAUUCCAGGCCAUCAUGUCGCCAGUGGCGAGGUCGAAAACUCCGGCAGCUUCUUCUCCGCCUGGGGUGGAAUCUCAUCAGUCGGUCUGGGACUUCCUAUCAUGUGGACCGAGCUCAGCCGUCGCAAGAACCUGACUUCCGCCCCCGAUGACGCCAACACCAAGCGUGCCCUUCAGGAUAUUGUGCGAUUGUGCUGUGCCAACACUGCGGCGCAGGUCGGCCUGCAGAACCAAAAGGGCGACCUCGUCCCGGGCUUUGACGCGGAUAUCUGUGUCUUUGACGACACUGCCGAAUGGGUCGUUAAGCCCAGCACCAUGCUUUUCCGCAACAAGUGCUCCCCCUACCAGGGUCGUAUCCUUCGAGGCAUGGUCCGCGAAACCUGGGUCCGAGGCGAAAAAGUCUUCAGCCGAGACGAUGGUUUUGUCGCAAAGACCCCAAAGGGUCACCUCCUUCUCGAGAAGCGGGUCUGA